AAGUUUUUCUGUCAACCAAUAGUAUAAUUUGACAACAAGUCCGAUGCAUUGCAAUCAUAUGGGUUUUGUUUUGCAAAUUGUUGGACUGAGGACGUUAAUUAGUUGUGGUCGUAUGACUGACAACUAGCAUAUUUUUGUAAAUAAGCAGAAUUCAGCAGUAUGAUGACAGAACCAGAGAAGGAUAAUACACAAAUUGAGGAAUUAAAUGCCGAAAUGGAUGAUUUUAACAACUCUCCUAUCAUUCCGGAAAAAAAUGUGCGAAUACGAAACUUGAUUGGCUUUUGGUUAUUGGGAUUGUGCAAUAACUAUCCAUAUGUGAUAAUGUUAAGUGCAGCAUAUGAUCUCUUAUAUCCAAAAACAGAUGGUGGUGUCCCACUGAAUGUUACUUCAACAAAUGUAACCAGAUGUAAUGAAAUAUCUACUGGAGCAAUUCUUUUGGCAGAUAUAUUGCCGUCCUUGUUCAUAAAACUUGUAGCUCCGUUUAUAUUUCUCAGAACACAAUUUCGGGUUAUGAUCGCAGUUGUGCUUUGUGCUGCAUCAUUUAUUAUUACGUCCUUAUCAACUAGUCAUUGGGUGACAUUUUUAGGUGUGAUAUGUGCUGCUUUAUCUAGUGGACUAGGAGAAGUUACAUAUUUAUCAUAUUCUUCAUUCUUUGAUAAAGAUGUAGUGUCUACUUGGUCAUCUGGAACGGGUGGAGCUGGUGUGAUAGGAGCAUUAUCAUAUGCAGGUUUGAAAGAAUUUUUUGAGCUGAGGACAACCUUACAAAUUAUGCUUAUUGCGCCUGUUUUGACUGCUGUAACAUUUUGGAUUUUAAUUGUCCAUCCAACAUCACUGAAAGAUGGCUGCCGAAGUUGUCUUUGUAGUUCCGAAAGAAAACCCAUUUUGUCAGGCGAUAUUGAUUUAUCAUCUAGAGAUUACGCCUCUAGAAGUAAAUCUUAUACAUUAGCCAAAAAACUGAGCCUUGUCAAGCCCUUAUUAAAAUACAUGAUACCAUUGGGAUUGGUAUACUUUGCAGAAUAUUUCAUUAAUCAAGGUUUGAUGGAGCUUUUAUACUUUCCAAAUGUCCGUGACUGGUUGCCACAUGAAAAACAAUAUCGAUGGUACCAGGUUGACUACCAAGUUGGAGUUAUGAUAUCUCGUUCAUCUGUGAACAUUUUUCGCUGUUAUAAAUUGUGGAUUUUACCAAUCUUACAGAUGAUGAACCUUAUUAUUUUAUUACUGAAUGUAUGCUUCCCUUAUAUUCCAAGUAUCUGGAUUGUACUUGCGAUAAUUUUGUAUGAAGGACUUCUUGGUGGAUGUGCUUAUGUGAAUACUUUUUACAAAAUUUCUUUAGAGGACCAUGAAGAUAAGGAGUUCGCCAUGGGAGUUGCAUCACUGGGAGAUUCUAUAGGUAUAGCUCUAGCAGGUGUUGUAGCAUUACCUGUUCACGAUGCUUUGUGCCAAAUGCAGUCAUUCACAUCAUGACACAAAAACGUAGCUUUUUAUUUGUAAAUGUAUUGGUUUAUAUUGGAAAAAUAUCUGUUUGUAUUUAAAUAUUGUUUCUUAUUAAUUUUUUAUUUUAUAAAAAGUUUGCAUUAUAUUAAAAAUAGACAAUUCAGCUUCUUACAAAAAUGCUUC